AUGGCGAAUCUUGAGAUUCAUAGGUUCUCUCCCGCUCGAAUUCUUAUUCUUGAUGUGCAGGAGCGACUACUCGCUAAGGAUUCGCGGCGUUUUGUUCUCUUUCCCAUUCGGUACAUUAAGAUUUGGAAAGCAUACUUGCAUGCUGUGACGACGUUAUGGGAAGCACGUUGUGCUGGUUUAUCACGUGACUCUAAGGAUUGGACUGAGUGUCUGUCAUUCCAACAACGAUGCGGUGGCAUCUUCUUUUUCAAACUUUCUAUUGCUUCUCAUGGGAUACAUAAGCGACUAUUGGAUAUAAUCUCCAAAGAAAUUACAGUCCCAGAAGCACAUUGCUAUUUCAGUUUCCAGUCGGUCAAUGAAAACGUCCACCAGGAGGCGAUGGCCAAGAUUACGCACGGUCUCACAGGAAUUCGAAUGGACGAUUGCGUCGAUGAAUGGGAACUCUUGCGUCCAAAGGAAAAAUUUAUGAAUAUUUGGACGAGAUCUUCCGUGUAUCCUUUCUCUGAGAGGUUGCUCGUUUUUAUAUUCAUUCAAGGAAUAUUUGGUAUUUCUCUGUCCCGGCUUCUACAAUGGUUUUCUGGCAAAGAUUACCUCCCAACUAUGGUAUCUACUUACACCCGGAUCUUCAAUGACAGGGAAUGUCAUGUAGACUUUGUCUCGCUGCUUUUUUAUCAUUUGAAAAGGCGUCCGUUAACCAGUUUUGUCAACGAAUUCGUCGGGACCAUUGUUAAAAUCGAAAAAAAAUUCGGCAGUGAUUUGCUGGACCUUUCCGAGAUAGACAUUCCAUUAGACGACCUGAAUCGAGUUCUGGAUGGGAAGGCGCAGGCGGCACAGCCCAAAGCACCUGAAAACGAGCUCUUCUCGUUCGACUUCCACGCACCGUCUCUGGUGCAGAACACGGCUGUGAUGGAGCAGCCGAAGAAAGACGUGAAGCAGAAUAUUUUGUCGUUUACAUUAAUCAGCGUUUACUGUAGGUUGUACAGACUUUCUCAUGCUUGGAUUAGGGUAUGUACCUCAAUGGGUAUCUUGGUAUCGCUGUGCUUUUCUAUACCGCUUCACUGGCGGACUCGUGUUACUCUAGGAGAAGAUGGUAUGUAUGAAGAUGUUCUACGCUUUUGGAUGGACAAAGACAAAGAAGGCAACACACCCGACGCGUUGCAGGAGGUUAUCGAGCAUCUCAUGUACCAAGGAAAGGCCUGUCCUCAUCUAUACUCGCUUGUUCUGAGGUUCUUGACCUCGACGCCGGAGCUGCUUAACCGACAUCAAACUGGUUUGAAGGACAUCCUGGAGCAUAUCGACGAUGUGCAAUUGAUUCUCCUUGGGAGUCUUACAAGUUUUGAGUCGAAAUGGAGUGGCGAGUGUCGGUUUAAUGAAGCAAUGGUUGAUCAAGACGAUCAAGGAAAGUAG